AUGGCUAAGCAGAAACAUGGCCGGCGGCAAUCCAUAGGAGCAUCGGAAAGAUCGACAAUUGGCGGUACCAUUGGCAAGUUGGAACUUCCUUCCGGGCAAGUUGCAACUCAGAAACCGGAGUCGCAACUUCAACGAACCAAUCCCCGUCAGUUUCAGAUCGGUCAACUGAUCAAAAGAUUCUCGCCAAUUCAAAAGGAACUCAAUGACGCUACAGUCUUGUCGUUUACGUUGAAACCAUCGGAUCCCGAUUUCCCGUUUGAUCUGGCCGGUCUGAAUUGCCAUCUCACCAUUCCAGCAUCAUAUCCUGAUCAUGGCACACCUACCCUCCGUGUCACUAACGCCGAAAUGGCGCGGGGCUUUCAGAUCAAUGUCGAAAAGGGAUUCGAUUCUUUGGCAGCCGAAGAGCCGAGGAAGUCUCUGUUGGCGUUAAUGAACGGCUUGGACAGAAGCCUCGAACAAUUCCUCACAGCUGAGAAGGCCCAAACCAUCAAACUUGUCUCCAAUGCCGACCGGCGGCACCUGUCAGAUGCUAUCCCACAAGUCAUCCCACCAGUUUUACAUGUGCCUUUCCCGAAACCUCAAAAGGUGUUUGUUCCUGCUCCGACAUGGUCCACGGAGCAGCUCUCCGAUGCCCAGGCGAAGCGUCAAGUAGACGUACGCCAGCUUGAUGCCCGGAUGGGGCGCCUAUCGGGAUUCUCCAAGAGCUCUGAUGGGACGAGGUUCACUAUCCCAGUUCAGAUCCCGCAUGUUGCGAGGCUGCCAGUAGCCUUACAGCCCCUGAAAGAGAUUACUUUGAUAGUACCCAAACUGUACAAUUUACAGCCAUGUACUGUUCAUCUCAAUGGUGUUUAUGGGGACGAGGUAGAAGGCGUGCAAUUGUCGUUCGAGAAGCAUGUUCGUGAACAAUUAGGCAUGACUCUCAUGGCACAUGUCAACUAUCUCAUUCAAAACAUCCACAUGAUGGCUACUGAGGGAUUGAACACGACUGCUCCCCAACCUGUCGUUCCUGAACCAGCCCAGCCUCCUUUUGCAGAAGAGUCACCCGCAGUGGAGGAAAUUUCAGAGCAGACAGGGAGAAUCUUGGACCCAGACCACCCACAUGUACUGGUCAUUCCCCGACCCCCAGAGUGGGAUCAUCAUGGAUCUGAAUCCGAGUACGACUCUGAUUCGUACGAUUCUGAGGAUUACACAGACUCCGAGGGUGACUACGAUGAGGAGAACGAUGGUGUCGAAGGUGGUGCAACGUUGCCCAUCGACACUGCUGGAGUAUCUUCAACGCCAGCAGAAAAAGGUAUCCUGCUUUCUUUUCCUAAUCUCGAACUCCACGGCAUUGAGCUACUGACUAUCUCAUCCCUCUCACUUUCUGUCAAAUGCCUCCGGUGCAAGACUUCCCUUGAUGUCCCCAACAUCAAACCUAGUCUAAGCCCUUCAAACCGGGACACCAUUACAGCUUCCACCACAACAAGCACACGUACUGAAUCAUGUCCCAAAUGCGCAAGCUCAUUCGAAAUGACUUUUACGCCUCAACUCCUUCAUCAGAGCUCCAUCCGUGCAGGCACAGUGGAAGUCAUCGGUUGCACAAUCGCAGACAUGCUCCCCUCGACCUUUCAGCCUACCUGCUCCACCUGCUCGACACCAUUUCCCAGCCCUCCCGGCGUGGUUUCUGUACGAGGCGACACACCCAUCCAAGUGUGCCGAUCAUGCCAUUCCAAGAUGACAUUCACCAUCCCCGAGGUCAAAUUCCUCCGUCUAUCGGCUGCAACUCGCGACCUCCCCCUCCGCAAACCCAGACGCGAGAACCUCGGUGUCACAACCGGCACUCCACUUCCCCUCAACGGCACUUGCAGCCACUACUCGCACUCCUACCGGUGGUUCCGCUUCUCAUGCUGCGGCAGGGUGUACCCAUGCGACCGCUGCCACGAUGCCGCAGAAGCACACGUCAACGACCGUGCCGAACGCAUGCUUUGCGGAUGGUGCAGUCGCGAGCAACGCUUCCGACCCGAGGACUGCAGCCACUGUGGGCGUAGUGUCAUUCGUCGGCGGAGAGGUGGCGGUGCCGGUCGCUUCUGGGAGGGCGGCAAAGGUACGCGGGAACGGGGCCUGAUGAGUCGCAAGGAUAAGCGCAAGUACAGGAACAAGCGCGCUGACGGUCAGAGUGCCGGAGGGGCCACGAAGAAGAAUUGA